ACCUGUUGUGUUUAAUUGUGCGAAUAACGUGGAUAUUUACCAUAGAGAACUGUGUACAAUAUGUCAUUCUCCGUAAAACAUACAAGUCAGGAGGUAUCUGGAGACGGAGAUAUUUUAUGUUAGAAAAUGCCGUCUAAAAGUAAUAUUAUUUUAGGCAUUUUUAUGCUGUACAUUUUCAUGCCAAAGUUUGAAGCUUCCUACAUCAGCAAGCAACUUAGAGAUAUUCUAAAUCCACCAGAAAAGAAAGACCAGACUAUACAACAACUCAAUUCGGCAAUUUACUAUGCUGCUAGAAACCAAGGGCAGGGCAUAGAGCAUGGCUAUCAUGGAGUAGAUGUGCAUGAGAUACACGAGAUUCAUUCUCUGACCGAUUAUUCAGACGGAGAGGACAACGCAGAAGAAAGACACAAGGCCAUUCAGCAAAGCAGAAGAAGUCGAUGUAAAGGCGUCGUCUGUGAGCACGGGGGGAGUGUGGUGAUAGAAAGAGGACAAUGCGUUUGUUCCUGUACCGGAAGUUACGUUGGAUACAACUGCCAGUAUAGAGGAGAUAACUGCGGGUAUUCCCACUACACCGACUGCUUCCUGAAGCCAACACAUGUAGAUCUUACCACCGGAUACUGGGCCUUAAAAUUUCAACAUCACUUUCUUGCUGCGAGAGCCAAAUAUAGUAAGACAAUCCGCGUAACCAGUGAGGACCUAUAUUUAGGAAAACCCUAUAAAUUAACGUUCUCCUACACACAGAAAGCCCGGCAUCGAUACCACAGAUUUAAGGUGAACAAUUACCUGACCGUGGUAUGGAAGGGACUACAUAAACAUUCUAAGACUCUUUACAACCAAAACUUCGGUCACUACGAGGGAAUCACAGGAUCUAAAUGUGUCAACGUGCCACAAGGAUUUGGACAAAUUAUAAUAAAAUUUUCAUGCUGCAAUCCCUACCAUUGCAACAUAGUACCGCCCCACGACAAGAAUUACAUAAAGAAGAAGAAUACGUCUUUCUUCUUGGAUGAAGUUCGUUUGCAGCCAGGAAAAUGUUGAGCAGUAAUCCAAAUUAAAGAUGCUGUACAUGUGUACGUGUGUUUAAUAAUUAAACUAGGAUUCUUUUGAGGUUUGAUCCACAUUGUGUUGAAUAGGAAUGCAUCAAUUAAAAGAGAGGUCACUGUACCUCUGGUAUGGGUUAGUAUUUAUUUUU